AGCUGACUGGAAUGUUGACGAAGCAAGCUUGAUUCGGAACGGAAGAAGACCAACUGAAGACCUACAAGCGCCGAGAUGUCUUUACACUCAUCAUUGUUACGUUACGUUAUUGCUGAUUAAAUCAAAGUGUUAUUCAUAUUUGUGAUUGUAUUUAAGUCUUUUAGCAUGUAAAUGCCAACGGUCCAUGUUACGACUUACAAAGAUCACAGUGGAAUAUUUGAGAAAGUUUUGGGGAAACUCGCGAUGGACAUCCAGCAGGAGCGCAGGAGGCUGCUGAAUGCUGACGGUCGAGAUGAUGAUCCCACUGUUCUCAUGUCCGAGCAGGACGCGUAUCUAAGCAAAGUGAGUAACAGAAAGUUGUAUCUGGCCACCUUGGCGUCCGUGCUUGGGCCCAUGAGCUUCGGGUUUGUGCUGGGUUACAGCUCGCCCGCCAUCCCGGAGCUGGCUGGGAGCUCGGACCCUCGACUGCGGCUGGACGACAUGCAGGCGUCUUGGUUUGGGUCGGUGGUGACGCUGGGGGCGGCGGCGGGGGGCCUGCUGACUGGCUGGAUGGUUGACAAGGUGGGCAGGAAACUGAUGCUCAUGUUCUGCUCGCUGCCCUUCGUCUUCGGCUUCACGGUCAUCAUCGCCGCCCAUAAUGUGUGGAUGCUCUACGCCGGACGUAUUCUCACGGGGCUCGCCAGCGGAGGCGCAUCGCUCGUCGUGCCGCUGUACAUCUCAGAGAUGGCUCACGAGCGCGUACGAGGUAUGCUGGGCUCUUGCGUGCAGCUAAUGGUGGUGUUUGGCAUCAUGGGUGCCUACGUGGCUGGUCUGUUUGUGGACUGGCGUUGGUUGGCAGUGUGCGGGGCCGUGCCCCCCACAUUGCUGAUUGCGUCCAUGUGCUUCAUGCCAGAGACGCCGCGCUUCCUGCUUUCGCAGGGAAAGCGGCGCGAGGCUGAGGAGGCGUUGCGCUUCCUGAGGGGGCCCCACGCGGCCGUAGAGUGGGAGUGCACCCGCAUAGAGGACGCCUGCGACCAACAGGGUUCAAGCUUCCAAAUGUCGGACCUGAAGGACGCAGGUGUGUACAAGCCGCUAGCCAUCGGCGUGAUGCUGAUGGUCUUCCAGCAGAUGUCGGGCAUAAACGCUGUCAUGUUCUACGCUCAAAACAUCUUUGAGCAGGCACACUUCAAGGAGAGCGACCUGGCCUCAGUGAUGGUGGGUGCGAUUCAGGUGGUCUUCACUGGCGUGGCGGCGCUUAUCAUGGACAAGGCGGGAAGGAAAGUGCUGCUCGUCAUUUCAGGCGUGGCCAUGGUGAUAAGCACGGCGGCAUUUGGGCUUUAUUUCUACUUGAUGUCUGGGAGCUCCUCACCAGAGGAACAUCACGCCAACAUGGGCUGGUUGGCCCUCUCCAGCAUGGCCAUCUUCAUCACCGGGUUUGCCUUGGGUUGGGGUCCCAUCCCGUGGUUGGUGAUGUCUGAGAUCUUCCCGGUGAAAGUUCGUGGCUUUGCGAGCGCCGUGUGUGUGCUGACCAACUGGGGCAUGGCCUUCAUUGUCACCAAGAGCUUCCAGGACAUGAUGACUCUCCUCACCAGCGCAGGAACCUUCUGGCUCUUCUCAUGCAUGUGCCUCCUCAGUGUGCUAUUCACCGUCGGCUUUGUGCCAGAAACCAAAGGCCAAACGCUGGAGCAGAUCGAGGCCAACUUCCGGGGAACGGCGGGACAGUGACGGCUUCCAGAAACCUCAUUAAAAAAAGCUACGAAAAUGUUCUCAUGCUUGUUUGUCUCUUGAGUGCUGGGACGAGUGGGCCUGGUCACUUCAUGUCAGUCAAUGUGAGAUCAGCACUGUGGCGAAAAGAAAUGGAUGGAUCACUUUUUAUCCCACAUUUUUUGUUUAUAAAUGAAGCUAAAAAUGUUUUCUACAGCUCAUCUCAGGCAGGUUAAUUUUUUAUAAGAUGAUAAAAUUGUGUGUUUUACGUGUAAUUAUGAAGGAAACUGGCAAAAUGUGAUGGAAAGAGUCCACGUUGACAUUGACAGCCAACAGGACUCCACACAGCCACCUGGGUGGUUUCUAAACAAUCUAGAGCAGGGUGGUUUAAGUAUAUCCAUCCAUCCAUUUUCAACACCACUUAUCCUGGUUAGGGUCGCGGGACGCUGGAGCCUAUCCCAGCUGACUUCGGGCGAGAGGCUGACUACACCCUGAACUGGUCACCAGUCAGUCGCAGGGCACAUAUAGACACGGACAACCAUUGGCACUCACAUUCACACCAUCACUGAGUGGGAACUGAACCCACGCUGCCUGCACCAAAGUCAGGCGAGUGUACCACUACACCAUCAGUGACGGUUUAAGUAUUGCCCUUUUUAAAAAAUUAUUAUUAUUAUUAUAUAAUUAGUAACUUAAUUAUACGUUUGUUUGUAAUCCAAAGUAGGCCAUAUGCAGCCUGAUCUGCUCUGUAAUCCAGUCCACCAAGCAUUUAUAUUAUCAAGAGUCGAAUUUUAGGGUAAAAAAAUUCAAACCCUACUAAAUUGUUGCAAGAAUUUAGUAGGGUUUGAAUUUUUUUACCCUAAAAUUCGUUACUUUAAAUGUUUCCCUCAUAUUUUAUUAAUUUAUCUCAUUAUAUAAUUGGUUAAUUGAUUUAUUGUAAAUCAUAAAAUCAAAAAAUACUAGUACAAUAAUUUUUCAUAUACAUAAAGACUGUUUUGAUGGUUAUAAUUAAAUUAAUGGUGUAAUUAUUUCAUUAUUUAAUGUUUUUUUUUUUUAUGAUUUACACUUUUUAAUGUAGUUUACCUCAACUGUCACUAUGAAGGCACGUGCAUUUACAUUUUUGUGCAAUAGGAACAAAUUAAUGUGAAACUUUUUGUUUGUGAAUGGGUUUUAGUGUGUUGGACUAAAAAUGGCAAAUAAACGAAUUGUUUUCAUCACCAA